CGACAAAAUAGACCUACAACAUGUUCCUGGAAUUAUAUAUAACUGUGUUGAAUUCAUGGUUGUAUUUCAGACAAAAAAACCUCCGCCAAAUAAAUUUUGCAAGGGAACCUGAAAGAUGGAAUAUAUCUCAACAGUAUGGAAUCAAAUCCUGCACAUGUCUGAGUCAGUAUUUAUGGGAAUGUGUUUGAUAGCUGGGACCUCGCAACAAGUGUCAAUUAGGAGAGAAGUGAAAGACAUAGAUGAUUUGUUAAAUAGGCUUGAAAAAAGAAAUGGUGAGGCCAUUGAUAUGCUAAGUGGAAGUAGAAGGGAAGGGUUCAGACUAAAAGAUUCAGAUACUGACAAUAUGCACUGGCCAAACGACCACCGAGUUGUCAUGGACAUGUCUCAGUCUGAGUUUUACAACACAGCCAUUACAACUUUGAUUCUCUCUGACAGUUCUGAGAGUCCACCAGGAUUCACUUUACUUCAGUUACUGACACCGACAAGAAACUCGGCAGUCAGUGCAGCAUGUAUUAUAGUGAACAACGACAGUCUCUAUUUAUCAAGUUUUGUUUAUAAACAAGUAACCUGUUCAAAUAUUUCUGUUUUACAUGGGCCCUGCAGUAGAUAUGAUCUAGCUGGAGAAGAAUAUGACCAUGCCUACUGUUUUGCUAGUGACUUUUGGCCUCCGUCUGCCUCCUCAUGGAUAGACAGAUGUCACUCAUGGCCUGAUCCUGAAGUCGUUGAAGACAUUGUCAGAAAUGGGUGUCACUUUGUAGCAAUAGGACACCCAUUAGGACUUCAUGAAAAUGAAGAAUGGAGAAUUUCUUUUUCUCUGGCAGAACUUAAACUUGUGUCCUUUAUGAGUCAUUGUCAAUUUCUGACAUAUGGAUUGUUAAAGAUAUUCUUAAACGAAGUUAUAAAUCUACAGACUGAGGAAACAGCUAAAUUGUUGUGUUCUUACCACAUGAAGACAGCUAUUUUCUGGGCAAUUCAACAAAACACGCUAGAUUUUUGGUGUCCACAGAAUCUCUUGGUAGGUUUUUGGAUCUGUUUUAAAAUAAUCCUUAAGUGGGUUUAUGUCGGGGUUUGUCCUAGCUUUUUUAUUCCAGAAAACAAUCUGUUUCUGGCAAAAGUUUACGGCAUGUCUCAAAACAGAUUGUUCCUACAAUUACAUGAAUUGUACAAGAAAGGUCUGGCCUGUCUGUUACAGAGUUCCUCUAUCAGGUCCUUUAUCAGUCAAGUGCUUUACAAUCCAAGACUUUACAUAUGUACAGAUGAAAAUGUAAUGUGGUCUGAAGUUGAAACUGAUUUAGAACUUUUUUAUGAAAUGAAUUUUUUUGAUGACAAAAGCACACCAGACCUACAUCGUUGUAUGAAACAUAUAAUCAUAAUAGAACAAAUGAUAAAUUCACAUCUGACUGGGUAUCAGGUUCUCCGUUUGCAAAGACACACAGCUGUUAUCUUUCAACACACUGCAUUUGUAUUAGAAAGGAUGAAUGUCAACAAACAUAUGUAUAUUGCUGACAAAAUGUCUCGUCACAUGCUAAAAUUUGCAGCCAAUUUUGGAGACGUCUCUGAUAUGUUGUACAUUGCCAUGAGUUAUUAUAAGACGUGCAGAUACAUGAAAACCUUAUACGUUUUAGAGAUGACGAAAAGCAAACUAAUACAACCAUGUCUAUUGUAUAGGCGACAUGUAGACCCAGAGUGGUACACUGGGUUUGUAGGGGGUCAGUCAUGGUCAUCCAAACUUAAAAAAGUUGUAGCCAGGGAUAUUAGACUUUACAAUCGAAUUUGUUACAUAAAUGAACUUUUACCAGAACAACACUCUUCUCAACAGAAUUGGUCUGGUCUUUAUAUCCCAGUUUUUGUUUUCUUACAUUUUUUAGAGUUUUUAAGUUACUUACAUGUUGACACAACAUUGUCACAAACAGCUCUAGAUGAGCUACAGGUCCUUGUCCACCAUGAUCGGGGACGGUAUGUAUGUCAUAGAUAUAGAGACAUUUCCUGGGAGAUCCUGGGGAUCUGUCAACAAAUGGCAGGGAACCUCCAGGCUGCGCUAUACUCUUACCAACAGUCACUCAUGCAACAUCCGUUCAACGGAAUACGAACUGCUACACAGAGGCGAAUACAGGAUAUAGAAGGGACAUUCCAACAUUAGUAAAUAAGCCAUUUCAGAAAUGCUCGAAAGAUGCAUACUAUGACUUUGUUUAUCAAAACAAAAUAUAACAUGCCAUAAAACAUAUUCAGUGGUUCACUUCUUUAUUAACAAUUGAUAAGCUUACCAAUUCUAUGUUUAUAUAACUGUUGACAUUUUUAGCAUAAGAUGUACUUUUAUUUUUUUUUUGAUUUAAACAAUAAUUUACCGUGUAACACAUAAAUGAAAUCAGUUUCAUAUACGUACCUUUAUUAAUAACAAAUACUCGAGGCUUUGAUCAUAUAGAGUAAUUAACAUUCAUGAAAUGAAAUCACUUUUUUAAUGAUGUGACUGAUGUAAUAUAUGUACAUAUGUGAUGGAAAUGUUCUUUAAAUAAAAUGUGAACAGAAUAAUAUGUUAGAUUUGAAAAUGCCGGAAGAUUGGACGUCUCAUUUGACAAAAACAUGCUCCGCGAGGGCUUCAUCGAUGCAUUGGAUGUGACAACAAUGUAGAUUUUAUA